CACCUUCAUCAGUACUGUAUAUAAUAGAUGCCCUAGAAUCAUCUGCAUUCACAAUAUAUUAUUAUACAUACAGAUAAUAAUAAUUACAAUCACACCGAAUUGAAAUACACAAAGCUAUGGCUGCUAACACUGCUGGUCAGGUCAUUCGCUGCAAAGCUGCGGUGGCAUGGGAAGCCGGAAAACCUUUGGUUAUUGAGGAAGUAGAGGUGGCGCCGCCACAGAAAAUGGAAGUCCGUUUGAAGAUUCUCUACACCUCCCUUUGCCACACUGAUGUUUACUUCUGGGAAGCCAAGGGUCAAACUCCUCUAUUCCCAAGAAUAUUUGGACAUGAAGCUGGAGGGAUUGUUGAGAGUGUAGGUGAAGGAGUAACACAUCUCCAACCAGGAGACCAUGCUCUUCCAGUAUUCACUGGGGAGUGUGGCGAUUGCCGCCACUGUAAAUCAGAGGAAAGCAAUAUGUGCGACCUUCUCAGGAUUAACACUGACAGGGGGGUUAUGAUUGGGGAUGGAAAUACGAGGUUCAGCAAGGAUGGGAAGCCCAUAUAUCACUUUGUUGGAACUUCCACCUUUAGUGAAUACACCACACUCCAUGCUGGUUGUGUUGCCAAGAUCAAUCCUGAGGCACCACUUGACAAAGUUUGUGUUCUCAGCUGUGGAAUAUCCACAGGAUUUGGUGCUACUGUAAAUGUUGCCAAACCGACAAAAGGCUCAACUGUUGCCAUUUUUGGAUUGGGAGCUGUAGGCCUUGCUGCUGCGGAAGGAGCUAGGUUAUCUGGGGCAUCGAGGAUUAUUGGUGUUGAUUUGAACGCCAAUAGGUUUGAAGAUGGUGAGUUCGAUCUGCAAUGGCACAAAAAAUCUAAGAAGUUUGGUGUUAAUGAAUUUGUGAAUCCAAAAGAUCACAGCAAGCCAGUUCAAGAGGUGAUUGCUGAGAUGACAGAUGGUGGGGUGGACCGGAGCGUGGAGUGCACUGGAAACAUCAAUGCAAUGAUCUCCGCAUUCGAAUGUGUUCAUGAUGGUUGGGGUGUUGCUGUUCUUGUGGGGGUGCCGAACAAAGACGACGCAUUCAAGACUCACCCGGUGAAUCUGCUGAACGAGAGGACUUUGAAAGGCACUUUCUUUGGCAACUACAAACCCAGAUCUGACCUCCCAGCUGUGGUGGAGAAAUACAUGAAAAAGGAGCUGGAGUUAGAGAAGUUCAUCACCCACCAAGUGUCCUUCUCGGAAAUCAACAAAGCCUUUGAGCUGAUGCUGAAAGGGGAAAGCUUGAGGUGCAUCAUCAAAAUGGAACACUGAUUCUUCAUAAUCAUUAGCUCUUCUGUGAAGAAGAUGGCUGGCAGAGUGUAUCCCUACCUAAGUAUGAGAGAGAGAGAUAUAUAUAGAUGAUAGGGGUAAUAAAUAAGCAUAAGCUUUUUAGGCCUUGAUAAGGAUGCCGUAGAGAUUGGCGUCAUUGUAAUUGCUGUACUUGCAUGGAGAUUUUGAAUUCUCCUACUGGAAAAUCAACCUCAAACUUGGAACUUCAUCAAUUUUCAUGAGUGUCUUCAAACAAA